AUGGCUGCAGCAACUGCCUCCCCCGCUGGCAAGGACAUGCUGCAACAAGCUUUUGCCACACCUCUCGCGCAGAGGAUGAAGGUGCGGGACAAACUCGGAAACAUGUCGGUUACUGGGAGGAGGACAGAGCAGACCAACGGUGGAGUGAUAUCGUCACGGAUGGAAAACUUUCUACAGGAUGGGGCAGAAGUCUUUGUGGGCCUUGAAGGUGAAGCAACUUCGGUCGCCGUUCCCUUCUACGCCUCCCCGAUGUUGAGAACCCCAGCGCCAGAUUCCGGCCGGGUCAUGCAGCAAGUCGCCUCGGCCUACAAGACUUUCAGCUCCAUGGUGCAGCACAAGCAAAGUGCUCGUACGCCAUGGUCCGCGAGGGAGGGAGGAGGGAAGCCGGUGGGGGUGGGUCUCCACGUCGAGCAAGUGCAGAUGCAGGCGUUGUUGCCCGAGGGAGAGAAACUUGUGUACUCGGUGAUCGCGGUCAAGGACGUCGUCGAAGGCUCCUUCACCUCCAUGCUCAAAGUCGUCCAGCCAGGCGACUUUCUCGUGGCGGUGGACGGUCAAUCGACGAAGAACCGCAACCUCGACCAAGUGCACUCGCUGCUGAUAGGAGGAGAGGACACGACGUGUGUCGGCUGUUUCUACAGGAAACCAUCGGGCAUGUACUUUGAGGUUCCGAUGCUGCGGCACUCGACGUCGGAGCACAGUUUUGAGUACAACCAUCAUCGCAACCCGCUCCUGUCGGAGCUGACGGCCAACGGCCAGCGCAUGGCAGAGAUGAGCGCGGUCAAGUUCAAGGAGGAGACGAGCCUCUACGAGAUCUAUGAGAACAUCCAAUCCAGCGAGCAGACCUCUUCUCCUCCUCGUGCCGCUGCCGCUGCUGCCGCCGCUGCUGCUUCACCCUUCUCUACACCCCUAGCUCAUCGAACAGCGUCUCCUAUGUCGUCCGCCAAGGGAACGGGGGACGCUGAAGAGUUGCAGUCCCCCCUGGUCCUCUCCUCCCCGAUGAAGAUCGCGAGCGAGCGAGUCGAUCUCUUCCUCUCUCACUCUCCGUCUGCCGACUUUGGAGUAGGAGGAGGGAGAGGCCCUACAGCGGCCUCCCUCGCUGGCGACGAGGAGAUUGAGUAUGCGAUGACUGUGAUAGAGGCUGCAAACAGAAGAGAACAGUCGAUGACGUCGGAGGAUCACACUCGAUACAAGAGGAGGCAGGAGGAGGAGAGAGACGGGGAGAUGCAGGCCAUGAGGCUCAAGAUCCAUUCACUCGUCGAGUCUUACAGGAGGCAGCAGGAGACGAUUCAGAGCUACCAGAACGAAAACAGAAAAGCGCACAUGAAGAUUCAGCAACUCGAGGAGCAGACGAUCCAACACAAUCGAGACUUUUAUGAGCAGAGGUCCAGAGAUUCAAACAUGGAAGAAAAGUUGAAGAUGGUGCAGCAGGAUCUCGCUGACCUGCAGAAGGCCUACGAGCAGCAGAGUGAGCAAGUGAGUUCGCUCACCGACACCACAGCCUACCAGACGGUCGAGAUCUUCCGCUUGAACGAGGUCAUGAGACUGCUGGACAAGCUGAGCAGGGAGAAGGACCAGGUGGUGGGGAAGUUGAAGGUGCUGCAGCAAGAGAAGGACAGAGGAUUCUUUGUUCCUUUAUUCUGA